AUGGUGGGUGUUAUUUCGUUGAUAUCAGGAAUGGCUGGUCCUAGUGGCUUUGGAUCAGCUUCAACUGCUGAGAUCGUUACCCAAGGAAUUGAUGCUCCCAACCUUACUGCAAUUGUCACAGGAGGAGCAAGUGGGAUUGGGUUGGAGACAACAAGAGUGUUGGCUCUUAGAAACGUGCAUGUGAUAAUUGCUGCAAGAAGCAUGGAAGCUGCAGAGAAAGCUAAGCAGCAAAUAACACAAGAGAACAAGUUUGCAAGAGUGGAUAUAAUGAAACUUGACUUGUGUUCAACAAAAUCUGUCAAAUCUUUUGUGGACAAUUUCAUUGCUCUUGAUCUUCCUCUCAACAUCUUAAUAAACAAUGCUGGAAUCAUGUUUUGUCCAUUCAAGCUUUCAGAGGAAGGAAUUGAGAUGCAGUUUGCAACAAACCAUCUUGGUCAUUUUCUAUUGACAAAUCUUCUUCUUGAAAAAAUGAAAUAUACUGCAAAAGCAACUGGAAUAGAAGGAAGAAUCAUAAAUCUAUCAUCAAUUGCUCAUAGAUACACUUACUGUAGAAAAGGGAUUAGAUUUGAUAAGAUCAAUGAUCGAAAUGGCUAUUCUAAUAAAAAGGCCUAUGGACAGUCCAAAUUAGCCAACAUAUUACAUGCAAAUGAGCUCUCUCGUCGUCUUCAGGAAGAGGGUGUGAACAUUACAGCGAACUCUGUUCAUCCAGGAAUAAUAAUGACUCCUCUUAUGAGAUAUUCUUCCUACCUUAUGAACUUCUUGAAAAUAUUCAGCUUCUACAUAUGGAAGAACGUUCCACAGGGAGCAGCUACAACAUGCUAUGUUGCACUUCACCCAAAUGUGAAAGGUGUGAGUGGGAAGUACUUUGUGGAUUGCAAUGAAUUCAAGCCAAGUGCAUUUGCUAGAAAUAAACAGUUAGCAAAGAAGCUUUGGGAUUUCAGCAACAAUUUGAUCAACUCAAUCUCCAAAGCUUGA